AGACAGCGGAGCUAGAGGGAGAAAAAAAAAAAAAAGCAUGUCUGGGACGUCGGGGGUACGUCACGGUGACGUCACGGCAGAGCGGAGAACUACAGAUCCCGGCGGGCUGUGCGCGGCCAGGAAAGGGAGCCUUCUACAAUGAAGCUGUACUGCUUGUCCGGCCAUCCCACGCUGCCAUGCAACAUCCUGAAGUUCAAGUCCACGACCAUCAUGCUGGACUGCAGCCUGGACAUGACCUCGGUCCUCAGCUUUCUCCCGCUCCCUCUGGUGCACAGCACUCGUCUGUCCAAAUUGCCCGGCUGGAUCUCAAAGGAUGGAAGUGCCCAGCUGGAGAAGGAACUGAAGGAGUGCUCAGGACAUGUAUUUGUGGACUCUGUGCCCGAAUUCUGCCUCCCAGAAACGCAGCUCAUAGAUCUGUCUACUGUAGAUGUGAUCCUAAUCUCUAACUAUCACUGUAUGAUGGCACUGCCAUACAUCACCGAGCACACCGGAUUCACCGGCACCGUCUACGCCACCGAGCCCACCGUACAGAUUGGCAGGUUGCUCAUGGAAGAACUGGUUAAUUUCGUGGAACGGGUCCCGAAGGCGCAGUCCGCCACCAUGUGGAAGCGCAAGGACAAUCAGAGGCAGCUGCCGCCCCCCCUGAAGGACGCUGUCGAGGUGUUCACGUGGCGCAAGUGUUACACGAUGCAGGAGGUGAACGCCGCGCUCAGCAAGAUACAGCUCGUGGGGUACUCCCAGAAAAUAGAGCUUUUUGGUGCCGUACAGGUGACGCCGCUCAGUUCCGGUUAUGCUCUCGGCAGCUCUAAUUGGAUUAUUCAGUCCCAUUAUGAAAAGGUCUCUUAUGUGUCGGGGUCUUCACUUCUAACUACCCACCCACAGCCAAUGGAUCAGACAUCUCUUAAGAACAGUGACGUCCUCAUCCUCACCGGUCUCACCCAGAUUCCCACUGCCAAUCCAGACGGCAUGGUGGGCGAGUUCUGCAGUAAUCUGGCAAUGACGAUUCGUAAUGGCGGUAACGUGCUGGUGCCGUGCUACCCCUCUGGCGUCAUCUACGACCUCCUGGAGUGCCUGUUCCAGUACAUCGACUCUGCCGGACUCUCCAACGUCCCCUUCUACUUCAUUUCUCCCGUGGCCAACAGCUCCCUCGAGUUCUCCCAGAUCUUUGCGGAGUGGCUCUGCCACAACAAGCAGAAUAAGGUCUAUCUCCCAGAACCUCCAUUUCCUCAUGCCGAGUUGAUCCAGACCAAUAAACUGAAGCAUUAUCCCAACAUCCACAGCGACUUCAGUAACGACUUCAAGCAGCCGUGCGUGGUGUUUACGGGUCACCCCACCCUGCGCUUUGGAGACGUGGUGCAUUUCAUGGAGCUGUGGGGGAAGUCCAGCCUGAACACCAUCAUCUUCACCGAGCCGGACUUCUCUUACCUGGACGCCCUGGCUCCGUACCAGCCGCUGGCCAUGAAAUGCGUCUACUGCCCCAUCGACACGCGUCUCAAUUUCAUCCAAGUGUCAAAGCUUCUCAAGGAAGUCCAGCCCCUCCAUGUUGUGUGCCCUGAACAGUACACCCAGCCACCGGCGUCUCAGUCCCACCGCUCCGACCUUAUGAUCGACUGUCUGCCGCCGCCCAUGUCCUAUCGCCGGGCAGAGGUGCUGACCCUGCCCUUCAAGAGGCGCUAUGAGAAGAUAGAAAUCAUGCCAGAGCUGGCGGAGUCCCUGGUGCCCAAGGAGAUUAAACCCGGAGUUUCCCUGGCUAUGGUGUCUGCCGUUCUCUAUACCAAAGACAACAAGCAUGUCCUGCAGCCUCCACCUAAACCCGCGGCGCCAGCCCAGUCCAGCAAGAAGAGGAAGCGAGCGACUGAGGAGAAUCCAGAGAGCCAGCAAUGCAAGCCACUGCUGAGCGGCUCCAUCCCCGUGGAACAGUUCGUCCAAACUCUGGAGAAACACGGUUUCUCAGACGUGAAGCUUGAAGACACCUCCAAGGGCCACAUGGUGCACUUACAAGAGGCGGACACUCUUAUCCAGUUCGAGGAGGAUUCCACACACAUCAUCUGUGAACAUGACGAGCGCCUGAGGGUCAGACUCCGGGACCUGGUCCUCAAGUUCCUACAAAAGUUCUAGACGAGAGGAUUUGCUGAGUGCAAUCUGCAGCAGAUGCAAUUCUCGUUGUGGCCACUAGAGGGCGCAGUGUGAUUAUGCUGGAACCAGCAGUAGCUUCUGGGGUGGCCAGACUGGCUGUGUGCUGUAGUGCUAGUCACAUAAUGGACUGUAGGGGGAGUGUUACAUAUGUAAAUCAACGCUUGUGUACAGCACAGAGUAUUUGUAGCUCAAUUUUUGUA